UUUUGCAGGAAACCCAUCUUCCCGGCGGGAACAUUUAUGCACCCUCCUGCUAAAAGGUGUUCGUAUUGAAAUGCCAAAUCCGUCUCCGACACCACUGCAGGCAUCACCGACGACUACGUUAUUGGCUGAUGGAUAUACAGAUGAUGCGUUGCCGAGCAAGUAUGACAAUUUUCGAGCAUCUCGUCCGUAUUCCCGUGAAUCACUAUUGUCCAACACAUCACUUGGAUCCAAAGUCAGAUUUUCGCAGUUUAGCUUCCAGUCGAGGGAUGAUCUUACAACGAUAGACGACGAAGAAGAGGAAGAAUAUCGGAAACCCGCGCCGCCGGAGCCCACUAAAUUUUUACAAGUUAGCCGGACAACCGUCAGAAUGUUAGCCGGAGGAUUUUCCCGAGCAGGGUCGCUCGAAGGAGUAGAAACGGGUGGAAUUGUCGGUCCACCAAUGUCGCCGAUUUCAUUUUUGGGAAAAUGCAAACAUUACUACGACAAAUACAAACUCGAUAGAAUCUCUGCCAGUGUUCUUCUGGUCCUUUACUCAUUUCUCGGAGCCUGGGUUUUCUAUUUAUUCGAGCAUGACUAUGAACGAGAAGUAAAAUUAAAAGAGCGAAUUGAUCUUCGAAUGCUUCGUAAUGACACUUUCCAACGGAUAUCAUCUAUGGUGUUCCGGCAGCAGGGGCUUGCGAACUUUGAAGAAGUCUUCAUUGAUUAUGAGAAAAAACUGCACGUUGUCCGUCUCCCGGAAUGCCUUGACUGGGACUAUUGGGGAGCACUUUUCUAUGUUGGAACUCUGUUCACAACCAUUGGUUACGGUAACAUCUAUCCCAGAACAGCACUCGGAAGAGCCGCUUCUGUAGUUUACGCUAUAGUUGGAAUCCCACUGGUGCUUGCGAUAUUAUCAAAGUGUGGAAAAUGGAUGACAGACUCGUUAUCCGAGAAAUGGCAGCAACAUCGGAUUCAAAUUACAGAGAAAGCAAAAAUGACGAAAAAUCGAUUGAGAGGCAAGAAAAUUCUAAAAUCUGGUGAAAUAGUCGAAGCGAAUACUGGAGCCGAGGCUGAUCCAGAAAAAAAGCCCGAAGUCGAGUCUCGGACCAUACCAAUUUGGCUGGCUCUUCUAAUCUGUGUCGUUUAUGUUGCUGGAUGUUCCUCAUUGUUCUUGUUAUGGGAAACUCGAUGGACAUUUUUCACAAGUCUCUACUUCUUCUGUAUUUCACUGCUGACUAUUGGAUUAGGAGACAUUGUACCUGACAAACCCCAUAUGUUCAUUGUAAUGUUUGUUCUAGUGAUUGUUGGAUUAAGUAUUGUAUCCAUGUUCAUCUCGGUCGUUCAAAUCAAAAUUGAAGAAUGGUUGUGUCGAAUGAUUGAACAGAUCAAAGAAGAGUAUAUGAAAAAGGAUGGCCUUGUUGAUCCGGAAGAAAUUAAGCGAAUUUUUGCAAAUGAUCCGGUGUUAAGCUUUGUUGCACCGAAGAUUAUGUCGGGCGAGCAGAAUCAUAUGCUUAAGGACACUAUCAAGAAAUUUGAUCGAUUGUUGGAGAGUAAGGAGAUUCAAACGGAUUUUCCGGUUAAGGGAAUGGCGACUCAGGUGGAAAAAUAUGAACAGAGCAUGGCCUGUGAUCCGAUGAGCAAUCACCUGAAACCCGCAGAGCAUCAAGGUACUCAAUGGUCGAGAGUUGUCGAUGAAACUGGAGAAGGACCGCGAAAUGUUGAAGAAUUGAAAUUGCAGAGGGAUGACGCCACGUCUAUAUCUAGAUCCAAUGAUUUUAGGGAUUCGAUUUCGGACGCUACAAGUCUGCCGAUGGACUCGAUGAGCUCUCCAGUGGCCAAGAAACGGAAUAAGAGGAAUACGGAAUGCGCAGUUUGUCAAUGUGAUUUACCAAUGGGCAAUACCGCCGAGUUCAAGGCAGAUGGUACAGCGCAAACCGACUUGGCACAGUUCCAGAUCGAUGAAAUCGCGAUUAAACUCGCUAAUUUACAGACUCAACGAGUACGUCCACCGAUUGUCGAAAUGGCGACAUCAGCGUUCAUGGAGGACUCCCCACUCAACUCGGAGGCUUUGGAUUUGCCACGUGGCCUGUCACAAGCUGAUAUUAAUGUGAUUUGUGAGGCGAUGAGUAGUUCUUUUUUCAAGAAUAGUCAAGAAGCAUUAAAACAAAUCGCGGAUAUCGGCGUCGGAAAAGAUUAUGAGACCACUUUUUCAGAUAAAUCCCAACUCACAAGCUUAUCCCUUCCUACAGUACCCACCCGCAAUUCCAUUGCCACAUCUCCAGUCGUAUCACUCUGUGAGGACCUGAAAGCAAGUAAAAAAUCAAAGAAAUCAAGAUCAAUUUCUUCAUCGCCAAUCCCACCAAAUAGCCUACACGAGGAGGAGACACAAACUCCAUUGCGUCAAAAUAUGGUGCACAUGGCCACAGAUCCAUGUACAUCACAGCUGGUGCAUAGGUCUACAGUGACUUCUCCAGUUGGAAGGGAAGACGCGGAGACGGAAAUGCCACAAAAAAUGAUGGACAGAAUGGUGUCUCCGGUCUCAACAGCGAUACGAGACCAAAACACGUCGCCCGUCGAGGAGCAGACUCCCGACUUUGAUGAUCGAAGUAUACAGACAUCAAUAAGCGAAUGGUUCGGGAAGUUGUUGAAGAAGAAGGAUGAAUCUCAGCAAACAUCGAUUUGCGAUGAUGUUGUGGGGAAGUCGAAGAAGGAGGGAAAAAAGAAAAAAGCAUCAAGAGAUGAGAACAGUCAAGCUUCAUCCCUAGGCUCCGACGUCUUCACAUCAUCAAAUCCAUCCUCGACCUCUGAUGAUUCCGAGAAGAAUCACAAGAAGAUCAAGAAAACUUUGAUAGCGCCGAACAUGACUGCGAGUGUCUCAAUGAGCACUCAAUAUUCUCCACCGCCAGGCUUCGAUCGGCUAUCAGAACCACAUAGUACUCGAGCGAGAAGCUCAUCGACCAGUGGAAUGGGCACAAGUAUAUUUGAGGAUGAGACACGACAGGAAGUGAUUGUGCAGACUGAUGACUCGUAUCUUAAGAUUGCUAGAAGGCUGGAUGAAUAUCGGAAUAAUAAGACGCAGUUUUUGCCGGUUUGUGCAGCUGCUCCAUUGUCUUCGAAAGAAGUUGAGCCAUUCAAAAGCGACCGCCCAUCAGAACGAAGUCACUACUACUUUGGCGGGGGCCGUCGUGCAAGUCUAGGCCGUGGCCGGAAGAAGCCCCGUCAAGAUAUGAGAUACGGAGAGUCACAGACUGGGCAAUCUAUGGAUGCAGAACUUUUGAAAGAGGUUCUAAGCUCCGAAAAAAGUCGGUCAAUUUCGCCGAAACGACCAUGUAACAAGCGUGGUGUUUUAUCAAGGCAUCCGUCACUGCCAACAGGGAUUUCUCGUGGAAAAGUCUCCGACUACGUGAUCCAGCACGAGAAAGGAAUCCAUAACCCUGCGACAAAUCGUCAAAGUCCCAUCAAAAUCAUCCGGCAAUACUCUCUGGAUCAUGAUGUUAUUUAGUCAUUGUUAUUUAAAUUGAAGCAGGUCAUCUCGUUCUUAUACGGUUAUUCUCAUUUUUAAUUCCUAUGUAUUUGUUUCCUUAGUAGUUCUACUGAUUCUUAAAGACACGCAAGUCUAAUUGUCACUUUUUAUAAUAAAAUUCUAAACGUAGGGUAUAUCGGCUCGAUUCCCCCAUCCUUUCUCACCUCACAAAAAAUGCAUUUUUCCCGUUUUUAAGUUUCUAUUUUCCCCCACAUGUUGUUGCUUCCGGAAUAACCUCACCCUAUUCAAACUGUAUUUCAAUUGUUCUCCCUUCACUCGCUUUUUCGAGAUUCCUCUCUCUUUUGUAUUAUGAAUGUUUCUGCCUCCAGU